UAUUCCAAAACCACCCUCUUCCCUUCUUCUCACAACCAGAACCAGAAACAAUCCCUUUCCUAGCUUCUCCCCCAAACUUCCUAAAACCCUCUUCUUUCUUCUUCAAUUCCCCUCUUUUGCUUCUCAAGCAAAGCAUCCAUCUUCUCCGAUCCUGUGCUUUUCCCAAUACAUAUAUAAACCCAAAUGGAACUCCUUUCACAACACAACAAAUUCGCAUCCCCAAUCCUCAACGACAUUCAAAUCAGAUACCCUAAUCUUUUGACCAAAAAUGGCCUCAUCAGAACCGGCACCGGUCGAUACACCAGUUACCCUUUCCGAGUAUACAAACAGGGUGACCUUGAAAACUGUAUUUGAACGCAACGAUGGUGGAAUGGGAUUUGCUGGCCGGAGAAUAGUGAUUGGAGGGUGGGUUAAGUCGUCCAGGGAGAUCAGGAAGGACCCGGAACCGGCUCCGGAGGAUGUGGGGACUAAAGACGUGAGCUGUGUGGAGGUUCUUCAAUCCCGAAUCCCACUUAUCAGGUCAAUCAUGAAGGUUUUUGGAGGGGGAGACUUUCGGGUUCGUGAGAAAUUGGACUCUGCUGUGCAAAAACUGCCCCAGCCAUCAGUUUCGUUUUUGCAACUCAGUGAUGGCUCCUGCGUGCAGAGUCUUCAGGUAGUGGUGGACUCUGAGCUGGGUCGUCCUUGCCAAGUUAUGCCUACUGGAACAUGCAUAUUAGCAGAAGGUAUAUUGCAGCCUGUAUCAUUGAAGGGGAAACAUGUUAUUGAACUCAAAGCAGACAAAGUUCUGCAUCUUGGAACAGUUGACCAAAAUAAGUAUCCACUAACAAGAAAACGCUUGCCUCUGGAGUUGUUAAGGGAUUGUUGUCACUUCCGGACAAGAACAACAACGGUGGCAUCUGUUAUGCGAAUCCGUAGUGCCCUUACACAGGCAACGCAUUCCUUUUUUCAAGAUAAUGAAUUUCUGUUUGUGCAAGUGCCUGUAAUUACUAGCACUGUCUUUGAAGAAUGUAGCAAAAAAUUUCUAGUCUCUACUGUACUACCCAAGGAUGGUAGUAGUACAGAUGGCAUCAGUCUUGAAGCCAUCAAAGCUUCUAUCAAUGAAAAAUCCAAACAAAUAGAAGAACUUAGAAGAAGUGGAAGCAAUAAGGAAGCCGUGGUUGCAGCAAUUCAGGAUCUAAAGAAAACAACUGAGCUUGUAUCGAAGUUAGAAGCUAAGGGAAAACCGAAAUCGGGAACUUCACUUGAAGAAGAUAAAUUUGAUCUCUGUCAAGAUUUCUUUUCUAGCCAGAUGUAUUUGACGGUUUCUGGCCGCCUUCAUUUGGAGAGUCAAGCGUGUGCUCUUGGAAAUGUUUACACAUAUGGUCCCAGGUUUCGAGCUGAGAAAUCAGAAUCAAAGAAGUCAUUAAUAGAGAUGUGGAUGUUUGAGACUGAAAUAGCUUUCUCUGCAUUAGAGGAUGCCGUGCAGUGUGCAGAGGACCUGUUGAAGUUUGUUUGCAAAUAUGUUCUAGAGAAGUCCGCUGAAGAUGUAAACUUUCUUUCAAAGCGAGUUGAUAAAACGAUUGUGGAGAACCUCCAGUUCAUGACAUCAGGUUCGCUUGAAAAGAUUUCUUAUACAGAAGCCGUGGAGAUUUUGAAACAGGUCACUGAAAAGAAAUUUGAAAGCAAUAUAGAGUGGGGAGUUCCACUGAGUGAUGAACACACCAGCUAUCUGGUGGACGAAAUAUAUAAAAGGCCGGUCAUUAUAUAUAACCAUCCAAAAGAAGCGAAGCCAUUCUAUGUGCGCCUCAAUGAUGAUGCGAAAACAGUAGCAGCAUUUGAUCUACUUUUGCCAAAGGUUGGAACUCUAGUUAGAGGAAGCCAGAGCGAGGAACGCCUUAAUAUUCUGAGCUCAAGGAUUGAGGAACUCGGGUUGUCUAAACAACAAUACGAGUGGUACUUGGAUCUUCGCAGGCAUGGCGCUGUCAAGAGCUCCGGUUUCAGCUUAAUGCUUGACUCGCUUGUUCUCUUUGCCACUGGCCUCAGUGAUAUCAGAGAUGUUGUUCCCUUCCCCAUAAGUCCUGCCAAACCCAGUGCUUAAGCUUUUCUGUGAAGGAAUUGAAAUUCCUAAAGAUCAAUGGCUACUCUGAGAGUAACUAAUCUGUAAUGCUUAGCUUGUCCGUGUACACAUUUGAUGCUUUGCCAACAUCAAAUUCUCACACAUAUGGAUACAGAAUGAAUUACAGAUGUUUGUUACAAGAAUUAGUGGUUGAUGCCUUAAUACAAAAUCUCUUUUCAACCCUCUCUUCA